ACAUACUAAAUUGUGCUCAGUCGAAGUUUGUUCUCGGACCAUUAAACACUGAACAUGAAAGGCCAACGCGUUGUCGUCGUCGUAUUUGCUGUCGUUCUCGCCGGACUGUGCGUGCUGUCCGGGCUGAAUGCGGCACCCGUAGAAUGCAAUAACAGCGGUGGAACGCAGUACUCUGAGGAUGGCCUUCAGAUCCAGACACAGACCGGACCCGGUUGUCAGUACCAGACCUCCGAGGAUGGUACCCAGAGCCAGGGCCAAAGUUCAACUGGGGGAGGCUACCAGUCCCAGUCACAGUGCAGUGGCUCCGCCUGCGGACAAUUUACUCCCUUUCCACCCCUAUUCUCCCUGAGGCCAAUGGAACCCCUCACCUGGCAACCGUGGGGCUUCCAGAACAAUCAGCAACAGCAGCAAUUGGAGGCUAUCUAAACUUAAUAUUU